AUGGCGUGUCCCUCCGCUCAGGGCGACGUCCUUGCCCUGCCCAUCUUCAAGCAGGAGGAGUCGAGUUUGCCUCCAGACAACGAGAACAAAAUUCUGCCUUUCCAGUAUGUGCUUUGUGCUGCCACUUCCCCGGCUGUCAAGCUGCACGAUGAAACACUCACCUAUCUCAACCAAGGGCAGUCCUAUGAAAUCCGGAUGCUGGACAACAGGAAGAUUGGGGAGCUGCCAGAGAUAAAUGGGAAACUGGUAAAGAGCAUAUUCCGGGUGGUGUUCCACGACCGGCGGCUGCAGUACACAGAGCAUCAGCAGCUGGAGGGCUGGCGGUGGAACAGGCCUGGGGACAGGAUCCUGGACAUAGAUAUCCCCAUGUCCGUGGGCAUCAUUGACCCUAGAGCAAACCCAACCCAGCUCAACACUGUCGAGUUCCUGUGGGAUCCUUCAAAGAGGACUUCCGUGUUUAUCCAGGUUCACUGCAUCAGCACGGAGUUCACCAUGAGGAAGCACGGGGGGGAGAAGGGGGUACCCUUCCGGGUCCAGAUAGACACGUUCAAGGAGAACGAGAAUGGGGAGUACACGGAGCACCUGCACUCUGCCAGCUGCCAGAUCAAGGUCUUCAAGCCCAAAGGAGCUGAUCGGAAGCAGAAGACGGACAGGGAGAAGAUGGAGAAGCGAACACCUCACGAGAAGGAGAAGUACCAGCCCUCCUAUGAAACCACCAUCCUCACCGAGUGUUCUCCCUGGCCAGAGAUAACCUAUGUCAAUAAUGCACCGUCCCCUGGCUUCAACAGCUCCCACAGCAGUUUUUCCCUUGGUGAAGGCAAUGGCUCUCCAAACCACCAGCCCGAGCCACCCCCUCCAAUCGCAGAUAACCUCUUGCCCACCAGCACCCCCCAGGAGGCUCAGCAGUGGCUGCACCGAAACCGCUUCUCCACUUUUUCUCGGCUCUUCAGGAACUUCUCAGGAGCAGACCUGCUGAAGCUGACCAGGGAGGAUGUGAUCCAGAUCUGCGGCCCCGCCGACGGCAUCCGGCUCUUCAACGCCCUGAAGGGCCGGAUGGUGCGGCCCAGACUGACCAUCUACGUGUGUCAGGAGUCCCAGCAGCUGAGGGACCUUCAGCAGAAGCACGAGGAUGGGGAUGCAGUAACCAGCACUUUUUUUGUGUACCAUGCCAUUUACCUGGAGGAGCUGACAGCAGUGGAACUGACAGAGAAGCUGGCCCAGCUCUUCAGCAUCUCUUCCCAGCAGAUCAGCCAGAUUUACAAGCAAGGUCCGACCGGGAUCCACGUGCUGAUCAGUGAUGAGAUGAUACAGAACUUCCAAGAUGAAUCAUGUUUUGUUCUGGACACCAUGAAAGCUGAAACCAAUGACAGCUACCACAUCAUCCUGAAAUAG